UUUAAAAAAAAGUUACUUUCCAAUUUCUUUCACAUAAAAUCUCAUCUGAGAACGAUCGUCGGGAGAUUCAAUGAGUGCAAGGGCAAGAAAUGUUUGGAGAUUAUUGAGGAAUGGUGUAUUGGUGGCUGGGAGUGUUACGGCUGUGGUUGUUUAUGGAUGUGUUACUGGUCAUGAGAGGUUUUACAAGUCAGUGUUGAUGCCCAGUGUUCGGCUGGUUGACCCUGAGCAAGCUCAUGUGAUGGCAGUUAAGCUGGCAUCCUGGGGAAUGGUACCAAGAGACAACAGUAUACCAGAUCCAAUUUUGGAGACAAAGGUUUUUGGUAAAGUGUUCCCCAGUCCUGUUGGCCUUGCAGCUGGUUUUGACAAACAUGGAGAAUGCAUGGAUGGCAUGUUUAAGAUUGGGUUUGGUUUUGUCGAGAUUGGUAGCAUCACGCCUGAACCUCAGGCUGGUAAUGACAAACCAAGAGUGUUCAGGUUGACCGAAGAUCAAGCUAUCAUAAAUAGAUAUGGUUUUAACAGUGUUGGCCACGAGGUUGUGGCUGAGCGUCUAACCCCCCUGGACGAGGAGGCAUCGCAAAGCAAUAAGCCAGGUGUCCUUGGUAUCAAUCUUGGCAAAAAUAAAACUUCGACGAACGCUAUUAAAGACUACAUUUUGGGCGUUCAAAAAUUCGCCAAAUUCGCGGACUAUCUGACAAUCAAUAUCUCCUCUCCUAAUACCCCUGGUUUAAGAUCACUUCAAGGCAAGAAAGAGCUUUCAGCUCUCCUUCAAGAGGUCAUCAAAGCACGUGACGAUCUCCAUGGUAACAAGCCACCAAUCCUGGUCAAAAUUGCCGCGGAUCUCACACAAGAAGCUAAACAGGAUAUUGCUGACGUCAUUACAACUCCUCCCUGUAAAGUUGACGGUUUGAUCGUUUGUAACACGACAAUAUCUCGACCAAGCUCUCUGCAAAGUAAACAUAAACAUGAAACGGGCGGUCUAAGCGGUAGACCUUUGAGAGAAUUAUCGACACAAACUGUCCAAGAUAUGUACAAGCUAACUGAAGGCAAGCUUCCCAUAAUCGGUGUUGGCGGGAUUUCGAGCGGCCGAGAUGCUUACGACAAAAUCCGAGCUGGUGCGAGCCUGGUUCAAAUCUAUUCGGCGAUUGCCUACGAAGGUUUUCCGGUUGUGAGGAAAAUAAAGCAUGAAUUGGCAGAACUACUGAGGAGUGAUAACUUGACUUCCGUGUCAGAUGCUGUUGGCCUUGAUGUCAAACGAGAGUGAUAUUAUUUGUAAAAACGCAAACCAAACAGGAGGUGCAGAUCACUGUGAGGUCGUUUUAUCGAUAUCAAAUAUUUCAACUUGAGCGUUUUUUUUGUCCCUAUACGCAAGUCAACAAUUGCCGUUUGUCAUCAAAAAUGGCAUUCUAAAUUGAUGUUUAUAUCUCCUACGAAUUUCAAUUAAUUUUUUGUGACUGUAUCGUGUCGUUCUUAAGAUAAAUUUCCCCAAGACG